CAGCAUUACAACAACACUGUCACGAGAUAGCAGUCAAACAGCUGCGUGGGUGUGACAGCUGAGCUGCAAACAUGUCGGUGAAACUGGAAGGCAACAUUUUAGUGACUGGGACGAACAGAGGCAUUGGUUUGGAGCUGGUCAGACAGCUGGCAGAGACGACGGGGGAGCAGGCUCACAUCUAUGCCUGCUGCAGAGCACCUGAGGGACCCAGGGCUGAGGCCCUGAGAGACCUCACCACUCAAUAUCCUGGAAAGAUCACUAUCAUCAAAUUAGACAUGUCAGAUGAGGACAGUAUCUCAGCUGCUGUCCAGGCUGUGAGUAAGCAGAUCGGGGCUGGUGGGUUGAACCUCCUCAUCAACAACGCUGCUGUAACCAAACCGGGCAUACCGGGACCGUUAUCUGCCACUGGGAAAAAGGACAUGAUGGAGGUGUACGAAACCAAUGUGGUUGGACCAUUUCUCAUUGCAAAGAUGUUCCUUCCACUCCUCAAGAGAGCCGCAGAGAUGGACUCACCUGAAAAGGACCAGGAUGAUAAAAUGUCCUGUAUAAGGUCGGCCAUCAUCAACAUCUCCACGAUUAUCUCAUCCAUAGAGAAAGUGCCAGAAACCUUUUCUAAAGCACAGAUGUACCCUUAUAGGGCCAGCAAGGCAGCGCUGAACAUGCUGACUCGCUGUCAAGCUGAGGACUUCAAGAGUUACAACAUACUAGUGACAGCAAUCCACCCUGGCUGGGUCCGAACUGAGAUGGGAGGAGAGGAGGCUCCUAUGACUGCCAAGGAAAGCGCAGAAAGCCUGGUCAGUCUGAUGUCAUCACUCAGCAACAAAGACGGUGGGAUGCUUCUGGACUGGGAGGGUGUCAGAAUCCCCUGGAAGAAAACAGCAGGCUCCUGGGUGAAAGUCAUUUGGUGGAUCCAUCCACCUCCCACACCUCCUUGGACAGAAGAUUCAGAGUUGUUGUGUAUAUGUUUUGGGCACAACAAAGGCCUUAACUCCAUCCAAACACUGUAAGCCCAACCUAAUAUCAAAUUAUUCUUUUCAAUCACUAGCACAUUUUCUAUCCAAGAGGAACAUACAGUCAAUCAUAGCACAACCACUUUCAAAGUACUAACAGCUGAUGGCAUUAAAAAAAGCUGCAUUACUUUUUCCACCUGCAUACAAUAGACAUUCUAUUUUUUGUGUGUUUGUUUGUUCCUUUUACUGAAAAGCUCUCUUGAUAUUUGGUUGAGUGUUGAAUGUAAACAUUUUUGGCAACAUAAAAGUAAAUGAGUCAUUAUGUUCUUAUAGAAUGUACAGUGGAGACAAACAGGAUGUGACAGACUAGUUGCAGCAAAAGCUUUAUUAGCAACAUGAAAUUACUGCCAGUGCCAGGCCUUUGGUUCUGAAUGUGUAAAUGAAAUACACAAAUACAGUAAAAAAGACACGGAAGGGAAAACACAAAAAUGUACAGUGCUGUUCUAAUCUAUAUGUUUUCUGCGUUCCUCUGUAUCCAUACUGGACAAAAUCGAUCAAAAAACGGUUUAACAUUACUGUAUACUGUAAGUCCAUGCAA